AUGGAGAAACCUCAGCAACUGCUGGAGCUUGAAAAUGCUCUCAGAAAGCAAGAGGCGGAAACAGUCAAAGCAGCAAUGCUUGGAAAGGCACUUUUAGAAGAGAAUAAUGAACUGCAACUUCGUAUUGAUGAGCUCAUUAAUCAGCAUGCUUUGGCUAUUGAGGAGAAGCAACAAUUAAUAAGUAGCCUCCAAGCCCGCUGUGAUAUUCAUACCAGUACAGAAACAUGGUACCACGAAGAAAUAAGCAAUCUUCGCUUACAGCUUCAGUCAGCAAAGCAAAACAUUUCAAACCAGCUUGAAGAGCAGAAGAAAGUAGAAAUAAACAGCUAUAGAAAACAGAUUGAGUCUUUGCAAUUGGACUUGGAACACUGCAAAGGUGUAGAGGAAGAACUACAUCAGCGAAUCAAGGAGUUGGAGAGUUUGCUCCAGUCACAUCUGGAUCGUACACAGAUGCAUUCCAUGUCAGCUUCUUUUGACUCAGACGAAAUGGCUGCUGCACAGCUUGAGCUUGAUACGCUGAGGAUGGAUUUGAUGGAACUUCAGACCAAAAAUAUUGAUCUGGCUGGUCAAGUAAAGCAACUACACCAGGAGCGAGAUACUUUGAAGAGCAGACUGUCUGCAUCAAAAGAGAGGUGGAUGAGUUGCAAUGCCAAAUCACCUGCUAUGUUAACCAUCUGGAGACUGGAGAUUCUGCUUUGUGCUCUAGCAGCACUUUAA